CGGCAGGGGGACAGAUAGGCCACUCACUGUACGGUCGAUGCUAGGGAAAUUCCGCAAUGGAGAUCUAGACGGUAGAAACGAUGGCGUCCUACGGUGACGUGGCCGAUUGUCAUUGCCCAGAAUACUCCAUUCUGGCUAAUUGCCACGCGGUGUUGCGGCCGUACCGCAUAACUCGCCCGAGACAACUCAGCAGCACUCCGGGCGAGUCGUUGACUCGCACUCGGCCCGUCGCAGACGGAACCGCGUGAUCUGCCCGAAAUCCAAAUCUAGUCUUCUUGCUUUCGUCGCAGAGAGAGAGAAAGAGAGAGAGUAUGGUCAUAUUGGUCGAGUGCUUUUGCAAAAGCAGGUUGAUGGACGUUUGGUAGCAGCGGAAUAAAGGCAGAAGCUUCAACUUCAAUCCGCAUAAUGUCAGUAGGAAAGAGAAAAUUUGAUAUCUUGAUUCCAUUUUCCAUCUUUGGUACUAUGCAAUUUCUUUCUGGAACAGUGCGAAGUUUGCUUUUCACGCGGAUUGCUUUGGUUAUUUCGUUGUAUCUUCCAUUAUUGUUCUUGAGGUAUUGAGGUGAGUGAGAUCGGGAGUCUUGUGUUGUGUCGAAGGAGAGGUGGAGAUGGAGAGCUAUUUGAAUGAUAAUUUCGGGGAUGUGAAGCCGAAGAACUCGUCAGAUGAGGCGCUGCAGAGAUGGUGGAUGCUUUGUUGGCUCGUCAAGAACCGUAAGCGGAGGUUCCGCUUCACUGCCAACCUCUCCAAGCGCUUCGAAGCUGAGGCUAUUCGACGUUCCUACAAGGAGAAGUUUAGAGUUGCAGUUUUGGUUUCACAAGCUGCGCUUCAGUUCAUCCAAGGUCUGACUUUGCCUAGCGACUAUACUGUACCUGAGGAAGUUGAAGCUGCAGGUUUUCAAAUUUGUGCUGAUGAAUUAGGAUCCAUUAUUGAAGGUCGUGAUGUGAAGAAGUUGAGAAUCCAUGGGGGGGUUAAGGGUAUUGCGGACAAACUCUCCUCAUCGACCAGCAAUGGUAUUCCAACUUCUGAGCAUUUGCUAAAUCAAAGAAAAGAAAUUUAUGGAAUUAAUAAAUUCACUGAAGGCCCAGUCCAUGGUUUCUGGUUUUUUGUAUGGGAAGCCCUUCAGGACAUGACCCUCAUGAUUCUUAUCGUUUGUGCUUUUAUCUCACUGAUUGUUGGCAUUACAAUGGAAGGAUGGCCAAAGGGUGCCCAUGACGGACUUGGAAUUGUUGCAAGCAUUUUGCUGGUAGUCUUUGUCACUGCCACAAGUGAUUAUAGACAAUCUCUGCAGUUCAAGGAUUUGGAGAGAGAGAAGAAAAAGAUUUCAAUUCAGGUCACUAGAAACGGGUGCAGGCAAAAAAUCUCAAUGUAUGAGCUUCUUCCUGGUGAUGUUGUUCAUCUUGCAAUUGGAGACCAGGUCCCAGCAGAUGGACUUUUUAUUUCUGGGUUUUCCCUAUCGAUAAACGAAUCCAGUUUGUCAGGAGAGAGUGAACCAGUUCAUGUGACUGCAGAUAAUCCUUUCCUCUUGUCUGGAACUAAAGUUCAGGAUGGGUCAUGCAAGAUGCUUGUGACCACUGUUGGGAUGAGAACCCAGUGGGGUAAGCUUGUAGCUACCCUUAGUGAGGGAGGAGACGAUGAGACACCAUUGCAGGUAAAACUUAAUGGAGUUGCAACCAUUAUUGGGAAAAUAGGCUUAUUUUUUGCUGUUGUGACUUUUUCUGUAUUGGUGCAAGGAUUGUUCAGCCGCAAACUACAAGAUGGGUCCCACUGGAGCUGGACUGGAGAUAAUGCAUUGGAAAUGUUGGAGUUCUUUGCAGUUGCAGUUACAAUUGUUGUGGUUGCAGUUCCAGAGGGACUGCCCUUGGCUGUGACACUGAGCCUUGCCUUUGCUAUGAAGAAGAUGAUGAAUGAUAAGGCACUAGUCCGCCAUCUGGGAGCUUGUGAGACAAUGGGAUCUGCAACAAGUAUCUGUAGCGACAAGACUGGGACAUUGACCACUAACCACAUGGCUGUUGUGAAAGCAUGCAUUUGCAGGAAAACAAAGCAAGUGAGCAACUCUGAGGAGGUUCUUAGCUUCUGCUCUGAAAUUCCUGAUGCUGCUGUGAGCAUUCUACUUCAAUCAAUAUUUAACAACACUGGAGGAGAAAUAGUUAGGGACAAAGACAACAAGGUUGAGAUUUUAGGGACACCCACUGAAACUGCUCUUUUAGAAUUUGGGUUGCUGCUUGGGGGGGAUUUCCAAGCAGAAAGACAAGCAUCAAAAAUAGUGAAAGUUGAGCCAUUCAAUUCUGCAAAGAAGCAAAUGGGGGUGGUUCUUGAGCUUCCUGGUGGAUGUUUUCGGGCUCACUGCAAAGGUGCUUCUGAAAUAGUCUUGGCUGCAUGUGAUAAAGUCAUGGACUUAAAUGGAGAGGUUGUGCCCCUCGAUGAGGAAUUUACCAAUCAUCUGAAGGAUACAAUUGAACAGUUUGCUAACGAAGCCCUUAGAACUCUCUGCCUGGCUUAUUUGGAAAUUGGAAGUGAGUUCUCUGCCAACAGUCCCAUUCCUAUUCAAGGGUAUACUUGUAUAGGAAUUGUGGGAAUCAAAGAUCCAGUUCGCCCUGGUGUCAAAGAAUCCGUUGCGAUCUGUAAAUCUGCUGGUAUUACCGUGCGGAUGGUUACUGGAGACAAUAUACACACUGCAAAAGCCAUUGCUAGAGAAUGUGGAAUUCUGACCGAUAAGGGUAUAGCUAUUGAAGGUCGAGAUUUUCGAGAGAAAAGUGAAGAGGAGCUUUAUGCACUAAUUCCUAAAAUUCAGGUGAUGGCUCGAUCUUCACCAAUGGAUAAGCAUACCCUUGUGAAGCAUUUAAGGACCACAUUUGAAGAAGUUGUUGCAGUGACUGGUGAUGGUACAAAUGAUGCCCCAGCACUUCAUGAAGCAGAUAUUGGACUUGCAAUGGGCAUUGCUGGAACUGAGGUGGCUAAAGAGAGUGCUGAUGUCAUUAUUCUGGAUGACAAUUUCUCUACAAUUGUGACUGUUGCCAAAUGGGGACGUUCAGUUUAUAUAAACAUUCAAAAAUUUGUGCAGUUUCAGCUGACAGUGAAUGUCGUUGCUCUAGUUGUCAAUUUUUUUUCAGCCUGCUUGACCGGAAAUGCUCCCCUCACUGCAGUUCAGCUUCUAUGGGUCAACAUGAUUAUGGAUACACUAGGAGCACUUGCACUAGCCACUGAGCCUCCUAAUGAUGAACUAAUGAAUAGAUCACCAGUAGGAAGGAAAGGAAAUUUCAUCACUAAUGUGAUGUGGAGAAAUAUUUUGGGGCAGUCCUUCUAUCAAUUUGUGAUAAUAUGGUAUCUUCAGGCUAAAGGAAAAGAAAUCUUUCAUCUCGAUGGUCUGGAUUCUGACUUGGUUCUAAACACGCUUAUUUUUAACUCGUUCGUCUUUUGUCAGGUUUUCAAUGAGAUCAGCUCGAGAGAGAUGGAGAAGAUAAAUGUCUUUAAUGGCAUGUUGAAGAACUAUGUGUUUGUAGCUGUUCUCACUUGCACUGUCAUCUUCCAAAUCAUAAUCAUCGAGUUCUUGGGUACAUUUGCAAGUACAACCCCUCUCACCAUGCAGCAGUGGUUCGUAAGUGUUUUCUUUGGUUUCCUCGGCAUGCCAGUUGCUGCUGCCUUAAAGAUGAUCCCUGUGGAAAUGAAGCAAACUAAACAGAAACAUGAUAGCAUCAUUCGGAUUACCGUUUCUCCUAAAAUUUAAAGCUUCCCGAAGUUUCAGGCUAAAGCUGGCCUCAUGUUGCUGAAGGAUGCCAUAUAUUUGUAAGAGUAUCUUCAAAUAUAUCUGAUUUUAAUUUGCUUCAGGCUAUUACAUCCCAGUGUUUGGUGACUUUCAUUCGGUUUGGAUCUUGGGAGGGAUGGGAGAUGGGCUACCUUCCAUUGUGUAGUCCCGGCCAGCCUCAAUUGAUUAAAAAAAUAAAAACAAAAACUUGCUUCAAUUAGUUUGAUUUGUAUGAUGAGUUUUGGAAUUAGGGUUGCUCUUUGUACUCAUUUGAUCUAUAUGUUGAACCUUUUGUUUGAUCAUUAAAUAAUUUUUCUGUGCUCA